AUGACGAGUGCGGCGAAAGCACUCACGCGGCGAUCGUGGAAGCGCGCGGUCCGCUCGAUGCUGGAUGUGUACUGCGAAUCGUAUGCCUGGGACGAAGAGAGCGAGCAAAAUGACCUGUCUGUCGUCGUCAAGGACGUCAUAUUGAAGAAAUCAGAGCUGGAGGCGCUGCUCCUCACCUUCGGCUUGCACUUGGGGGAGGGCGGCUGCACGUUUGGGAAAAUUCGCUUCUGCAUCUCUCUCGGUCUGAACAUGGACAUGGAGCUCUUCACAAAGCCGUGGCGUAUUGAAGUGGACCAUUUUCGACUGAACAUAGGCUGUGGUGCACGUGCUGAGUGCGAUGUUCGCACAGAGGUGAACUCUCAAUUUGAUUGCUCGUCGGAAGGGUCUUCAAGACCAACGAAAAUGGAAGAAUGGCUUCCCCUUCACAGAGCGGUAGAGAAUCUUCAACUGAUCCUGCGUAAUGCCACAGUCACUCUUCACUCCAUCAACCUUGCCGGGAGUUUGAUAUUCAAGCUUGAUACUGUCAAAUAUACCACAACCAAUGAACAUUGGUCGCCGAUGGCUACCAUAACGACUAGCGCUGACUAUGCUGGAGGUAUCUUACAUAAGUUACUAACGUUUGAGGGCUUCGAAGCAUAUACAGAUCGAGCCGUGUCGCCUUCGGAUAGUGCUUCCGUAGACUGCUCUGGGCCUUGGGACCUUCCUUUUGAGGAUGGCACACUUCUUCCUGUGCCUCAACUGACCCGCGUGAAGGUCUUGUUCAACGGAUUACAAGGCAACAUGAAGAUUAUUAAGAAGCUCAAAAGUAGCCUGACGGGACGCGUGGUGACCGAUUUCUUUGGGGAUGUAUACACCUUUCAACUGUGUCUGGUUUCGGGUGGUGUACCAAAAGUGCGUAUUCCACACAUUGCAUUGCGCUUGGAAUGGUCUGAACACAUUGGGACGUACGUUCUCAACAUGGAAGAAGCAGUUCAAUUCUCGAUUAGCCAUCAGAUCGACGCAGAAAUCCUAGCAGAAACCAAUGCAUGGCUAGUCCAAAUUUUAGAAGCACAUGCGGAGGUUGCGGCGUCCACUGAAACACAGCUUUCUUACGAGCGUGCUCGUCGCUUUCAGGAGCAAGCUUACGUUGGACGAUUACAUAAGCGACUCGAUGAAGUGAAAGAAACCUUCCGAGAGAAAUUCCUCGUUUGGCGCUCUGGGACGAAGAGUGCGAUAGACGAGUUAAAUAUGGCUUUGUCGGAAGAGCAGCAACGACGUGAAGCGUUGGAAAAGGCCAUGAAAGCGCAACAAGAAGUACUAUCACAAAUGUACCAACAGCUGCAAGCACAGCUUGUUGAUGCAUCCCCGGUUGAACAAGUCAACGCUGUCUCACAAGCUAUGCGCGCUAUGAGUAUGUCACUUGAUCCGAAGUCAAACUCAACGCUGCCUCAGCGGGUGCCCUUUGAGGGAGGCUACCAGUUCGGAGAUGUUUCGCGGAAAGCUCUUCGAUGGUUCUCAAACAUUGUCUAA